AGUAGUCUUCUUAAUCCCUUCUACUCCCUUUAUAUUCCUUCUUAUUCUCGACUUGUAUCUCUCCCGUCUCCAGCUAGUCCCAGUCUCAACGGGCCACUGUCCCACCACACUCCUCAACAUCACUGCAGCGACGUCCAGCUAUGACUGGUUACGGCACCCCGUCAGUAGCGCUAGCUACAACUCCCACAGUCAUCUCCACCUUCUUUUCCCACAUCCUCCAUCGCCGCAAGCGCAAGAGCGAGACCAAGCGCUCCCUCCAGUCUGGUGGCCCAGGCGGGGGCCCCGAGAACCAGCUAACCUAUGAGGAGGGGCUCAAGGUGGUCAGGCGGUUCUUGGACUUUGCGAGCCAUCAUGGCGUAGAGGAGGUUCAAGCGUUCACCGCUAUGUGGGUGCCUACGCCGCAUUGGGUCAAGAGAGAUGUCGUCCUUAUACCUGAGGAGAAUAUGCGCGAGGCUGAAGUUAUUCUUGCCAAACAUCUGUCAACAUAUGGCAUGGCAGGCGAGAAUGGUGGGGGAAUCCAGUUAGUUGGUGGUGACAAAUGGUGGAGAGUCCGGCGCAAGCCUCUGGAAGGCGAAUGGAUCGAGAUGCAGAAAGACUAUCUGAAAAGGACCCAGCCAAAGCCUCCAGCUAGUGCUUCUGCUGAAGCGUCGUCACCGGUUCCACCCUCGCCUGUCAGCCCCAACACUGUCACUUGGACAAACAAGUAUCUCCCAAGCCGAAAGUCUACGACCGCAAGUGUUGUCGACAAUUCCGGUCAAGAAGUCGGUGAUGAUCGGAUCAUCCUGUAUAUCCACGGCGGCGCCUUCUUCUUCUCAUCUCUCGAGACCCAUAGAUACCAAGUGCAGCGCCACGCCCGCAAAGCCGGUGCUAGAGCCUUCUCUCCAGCCUACCGUCUUUCCCCACAGUACCCCUUCCCUUGCGGCCUCCUGGAUUGCUUGGCCUCCUACCUCUACCUCAUCUCUCCACCGCCGUCCGCCCCGCACAAACCCAUCCUCCCCACCAACAUCAUCUUCAUGGGCGAUUCUGCUGGGGCCGGCAUGUGCGUCAGCCUGCUGGUCUUGAUCCGAGAGAUGGGUUUGCCCAUGCCAGCGGGCGCCAGCUUGAUAAGCCCGUGGGUAGACCUGACCCAUAGUAUGCCGAGCAUUGGAGGAUGGGACGGAGGUGAUUUCAUCCCUUCCUCGGGAUUCCAUUACAAGCCCAGCUGUGCUUGGCCUCCGCUCCCCGGUAGCGGAAUCGACAUCACCAUGGCGGAUGGGUCUACCAUGAGAGUGGAUGAACAAGUACAGAUGUACUGCCCCAACGACUUGUUGACCCAUCCUCUCGUAUCGCCUGUCAAUCAAGGGUCACUGGGCGGACUGUGUCCGCUGCUGGUCCUUGGAGGAGGCGCAGAGCUUCUCAGAGAUGAAAUCGUCUACUUGGCGCACAAAGCCGCCGACCCCGAACGAUACCCACCAUCCUCCUCCACCCUCGCAGAAUACCCUGAUCAAGUGCCAAAGAUCACAAACUAUAAGCCUACCAAGGUUCAUCUGCAGAUCUAUGAAGGUUGCUGCCAUGUAGUGCCUACCAUGAGCUGGACGAAAAGUAGCAAGUACAUGUACCGGGCUUGUGCCAACUUCAACAUAUGGGCUUUCAAUGCUGCGCACAAAGCUCUUGAAAAGAAGCUGCAGCACAAGAAAUCGAGCAAGUCUCUCAAAAAGUCUAGGUCGUCAGCUUCAUUGAAGAAGACCGCUCUGGCCAACGGCCUUUCCAGCCUGACCAUCCCAGACUCUUCCAACGGUGGUCCUCAGUCUGCACACAGCUCCAAGAGCUCUCCGACCAGCUUUACUACCUCUCCGACCAAUCUCGCACCCUCUCCUAUCAACACCACUUCACCUCUCGUCAACUCUGCAUCUCCUACACCUCCUUCGCCCGCCAUCUCUACCUCAUCCAGCCAGCAGAAUACACUCGACCUUACACAGCCCAUCAUCACCUCUUCUGCUGCAUCUGCUGCCAACGGCAAGCCCAUUUCCUUCAGCGAAGCGCAAUCAGAGGCAGAGUCGGAGGAAGAGGACGAAGAUUCAUCCUCUGAUGAUGGGAAUGAUACGGAUGAGGAGAGUGCAGCGGAUAAGGGUCCAAGGACUGGAGUUGUCACGGUCAAUGGGACAGAGCCCUUGUUUGGAAACGUCAACAUCGUGCCGGAGCGAGUUUCUACGCAUGGCAAUAUCCGGCCAUUUGAGGAUAUCGCCGCUGUCCCUGCUCUCCAGCCUGGCUUGCGAGAGCACAUAGGGCGGGUACACGGUGAAGGCGCCGUCCAGAAAUGGCUCAACAAAAGAGCCGAUUGGGACAAAAAGUACUCUCGCGACCUCGCCAAAUGGCGCAAGCUGCGUACUGAAGACCGAGCCAAGGCCGAGAAGGAUGGUUUCUUGACACGAGACUUGCAAGGAGAGAACCCGCCGAUGUGUGCGGUGGCGGGAUUGUGGGAUGAAAAGCUUGCGGGCGACGUAGCUAGGAGUGUUGACGAGGUUUAUGCGAGGAGUGCGGCAUUGGGUUGGUGGACAAAGUGGGGUUCCAAGGCCGACAAGGAGCAUGCCGAAAAGCACGAGCUCCGCGAGAUAAAAUCUCGAGCAGAGGAAGAGAGCAAGCUCCGAACCCAGAGUCUGGACGAUCUUCCUUCUUCCUCUACGAGUACUCCCACACUGAUUACACCUCCUGCUGUCGGGUCUUAUGGCAAGUUUGGCUCCAGGGAAGGGAGUAGGGGUCAGCUCUUUGUGGAACCGGAAGCAAUCCUGGAGGAUGCCGAUGGAGAGGAAAUGCACGAGACUGAGGGGGCUAAGCGGUAGCCAGCUAGAUAUUAAUAUGUAUCCGCUAGAUCAAUGUAUCGCAAGG